AUGCAGGUUCGGCUACGGCUUUGUGCCUUGAUAGUUCUGUUGGUGCACGCGGAUGCCACGUCCACGGUAACCAUUGGCAGCAGUCCUUUCUCAAACAUAAAAUGUGUUAAGCCAGAAGCAGGGCAGCACUGCCCCUCGCUGGUUACGCAGGAAGAUCCUGCGGGUACUCCCGUGCAGUUCAAUCUUUUCCAUGACAAUGACGGCAUGCUUUGCACGACCAGCGUUGACCCAUGGAAGUUCGACCUGGUCGUGGAGUGUGGUCCCAGCCCUGCAGAUGCAGAGGACACGGGGGCCAGGCACUUCACCAUGACUGGCCACGAGGGCGGAUCCUCCACCCAUCACACGGAAUUUCACUCGGAGGGCGGCUCGUUUUCCUCUGGCUUCAGUGGUUCAAUGCCCCUGGGGCAGCUGGAGGGCUCGGUCUCGGAGUCCGGCGCGCAUGUCGGCUUACCGGAAGCGCAGGUCCCGGAAUUCAGCGGCACAUCCGCCGGCAAGGCAUCGGGCAGCGGAAAGAUACAGGUCGACAUCGGCCCCAGCCCCGACUCUUCCACGAAAUGCGUCCCAAGCCCUGGCGGCCUGACCUGUGAUGACACGGCAUCACAAAUCGGCCGCGAUGGCAAAUGGCCAGACACGUUCCACGUGUAUCAUGACGGGGACCAGAUCUGCGCGCAUCGUACAGACUACGAUAAGCCAUGGGGGCUUCACUUGGUGCUGCACUGCCAUCAUCAUGGACCUGGGCUAGAGGCCUGGAUGCAUGAGAGCCACAGCAGCCACAGCAGCCCCAGCAGCCACAGCUCCUCCGCAUCCUCUCAUUUCUCAGGAGGGCAGGCAUCGGGCAGCGGAAAGAUACAGGUCGACAUCGGCCCCAGCCCCGACUCUUCCACGAAAUGCGUCCCAAGCCCUGGCGGCCUGACCUGUGAUGACACGGCAUCACAAAUCGGCCGCGAUGGCAAAUGGCCAGACACGUUCCACGUGUAUCAUGACGGGGACCAGAUCUGCGCGCAUCGUACAGACUACGAUAAGCCAUGGGGGCUUCACUUGGUGCUGCACUGCCAUCAUCAUGGACAUGGGCCAGAGGCACCGCACUCGGAGAGCCACAGCUUUUCCUUCGGAGGAUCCGAAGGAGGAUCCGAGGCUGGGUCCUAUCCGAUGAAAAUCGGUAGCAACUUGGCGUCCGACAUGAAAUGUGCGGCGCCACCUGGAAAGGUCUCUUGCCCCACAGAGGCUAAGGCAGAUGGCCCGGAAGACCCCAAAGAUACGUUCAAGAUCUUCGAGAAUGAUCAUGGCCUGAUUUGUGCGAAGCGUACCGACGCCCCAUCUCCUUGGGGGGUGGAUCUGGUGAUUCCCUGCAAGAAGGUUGGACAUUGGGAGACUCCGACACACAAGGCCUCGUCCAAGUUCUCGGGCAUGGUCGAGAUUCCGGUAGGCAGCAGCAUGCACUCCUCGACCAAAUGCGUGGACGAUCCAGGUCACAUCUCCUGUGACGAUGAGGCCUCUCAACGGGGCAGGGCAGGCGAGUUCCCAGACACGUUCCACGUCUACCACGAGAAUGGCAAAAUCUGCGCUCAUCGUACAGACCACGAAGAUCCUUGGGGUCUUCACCUGGUCCUGCACUGUCACCACAAGGAGCAUCCGAACCUCAAGCCGCAGGCACCGCACUCGGAGAGCCACAGCUUCUCCUUCGGGGAAUCUUUUGGAGGAUCCGAAGGAGGAUCCGAGGCUGGGUUCUAUCCGAUGAUCAUCGGUAGCAACUUGGCGUCCGACAUGAAAUGUGCGGCGCCACCUGGAAAGGUCUCUUGCCCCACAGAGGCUAAGGCAGAUGGCCCGGAAGACCCCAAAGAUACGUUCAAGAUCUUCGAGAAUGAUCAUGGCCUGAUUUGUGCGAAGCGUACCGACGCCCCAUCUCCUUGGGGGGUGCAUCUGGUGAUUCCCUGCAAAAAGGUCGGACAUUGGGAGACGCCGACACACAAGGCCUCGUCCAAGUUUCCGGGCAUGGUCGAGAUUCCGGUCGGCAGCAGCAUGCACUCCUCGACCAAAUGCGUGGACGAUCCAGGUGACAUCUACUGUGACGAUGAGGCCUCUCAACGGGGCAGGCCUGGCGAGUACCCAGACACGUUCCACGUCUACCACGAGAAUGGCAAAAUCUGCGCUCAUCGUACAGACCACGAAGAUCCUUGGGGUCUUCACCUGGUCCUGCACUGUCACCACAAGGAACUCCCGCAGCCCAAGCCGGAGGAGCCAUUCGAUUGCUACGUGGAUUUGCCGAAUGCUUGGGCGGCGAGCAAGGUGGAGUAUUGCUGUGCCAACAAGAAGCUGGGAUGUGAUAUGCUGCCAGCUGAGGCGGAUUGUCACGGCUCCGAGACUGACUGGGAGACUUGCCCAAGCCCAGAGCAGUGCGACACGUGUGAGCCUGUCGACUGCAUCUUCGCAGACUGGACUGCGUGGAAGGUCUCCUCUGGCCAAGAGUGCAGCGGACUACGCUAUCGCCAUCGCGGCUUUGCCCGUCAGAAUAACCAUUGCGGGCAGCCCUGCCACGGCAUGACGGUUGACUCCCAGGCGUACAUGCCGCCGGAGUGUAAGGGCGAUGUGACCGUCGAUUGUAAGUUCUCGGACUGGACGCUCUGGAAAGGAGACUGCGCAGAUCCCACUGCGCAGCAAAUGCGAUCUCGAGAGCUGCUCCACGAUGCGAACAGCCUUCGACGACGCCAGUGCGAUGGAGCAUUGAAUCAAACGAAAGCUUGCAAUGCACGACCGGUGGACUGCAAAUUCACCGAGUGGCACCCGUGGUCCCAGUGCAGUGCCACCUGCGGCUUGGGCAGGAGGCAGCGUCUCAGAGACAUUGACGAGGAGAGCUUCGGCGGACUGCCCUGUGAUGUCGGCAUCACCCUCUACACUGAGGAGUGCGAACUCCAGCCGUGCGACAUUCGGGACUGCAUCCUCAGCUCCUGGACAGAGUGGUCCGGGUGUGUCGGCGCGGACAGGCAGCAGUACCGGAGCCGACGAAUCCUGCAGGGACCCCGUGGCGAGGGACAAGGAUGUGACCCGGAGCUGCUCCAAACACAGGGCUGCCCGCCGGUCCUGGAGCGACCCUUGGCGUAUCUGCUCAGUGACUGGAGUGCAUGGCAGCCUUGUACGAGGAGCUGUGGUGGUGGUCAGACCUUCCGGCAGCGCGCUGCGUUGGGACUUGCACGCUUUGAUCCGGAGGUGGAGACCAACUAUCCAUUGAAGGAGACGAAAGAUUGCAAUUCUGAUAGAUGUGCCGCCCAGUACUCCAACGAGGACUGCCUACUCUCGGAGUGGGAGGAAUGGUCAGAGUGCUCCUCGAAUUGCGGCGAUGGUGCUAAGACCCGGCACCGCAAGAUCCUGCGACUGGCUGGGCCUAACGGCAAGGGCUGUGAAGCGACAAUGAUGGAGUCAGACAUCUGCAACCAGGGUGAGUGUGUACAGCAGGACUGCCAGUGGGGGGAUUGGGCCGCCUGGUCUGCGUGCCCAUGCUCUUGCGGCGGUGGGAUUUCCACAAGGCAUCGCUACGUGCAGGUGGCCCCGCGCAAUGGAGGCCUGGAAUGUGAUCCCAGAGAGAAGGAAGAGGUGCAGGCUUGCAACACGCAGCCCUGUGAAUCGGAAUGCCGGGAUGGCGCCUGGGGAGAGUGGAUGGAGUGGACGACCUGCUCAGCAACUUGCUCAGGAAGCUACAAGUCCCGCCGCCGGGAUGUCCUCAUCCCUCCCAAUCACUGCGGCCAGCCUCCGACUGGGCUGCAAGAGGAGUUCGAAGCAUGUGAGCACCUGCCAGAGUGUGCCGAUGCAGCCGCUGUGCUGGAUUGUGCGGUCUCCGACUGGGGGAUGUGGUCCGACUGCAGUUGCAGUUGCGACGGGGUGCGAGAGCGGAAUCGUUUCAUCGCCAUCUUUGCAAAGAAUGGAGGGGCCCCUUGUCAUGAGGAUCUUCGGCAGAUGGAAGCCUGUAAUCCGACGGUAGAUGAGGAAGAGCCUGCUGAUUGCCCUGGCAAGAGGGUCCUUGAGCCUGUUGACUGUGUCCUGGCAGAGUGGACUGAAUGGACCUACUGUUCCGUGAGCUGUGGAGGCGGGCAGCAUUCACGGCACAGGAGCAUCCUUCAUAAGCCAGCAGGUGGGGGUGAAACCUGCAGGGGUGCGCUGGAGGUGACAGAGCCUUGCUACAUGCCGCAGUGCUCUGGUCACGACUAUGUGGACUGCCAGCUCGGAUCCUGGACGGACUGGAGUGACUGCUCUGGCUGCCGGGGACAGAAGCGGCGGCAUCGUUCUAUUAUGAAGCUUCCAGAUGCUCUGGGACGGCAGUGUGCAGCUGCCAGGCUCAAGGAGACCACUGCCUGCUCAAUACUUGGCUGUCAUCAGACGACGUCCUACUGCACAUGGUCACAGUGGACCGGCGCGACAUCCUGCUUUGGCUAUGGGUCAAGCACAGCCAUGCGGAGUCGUGUCCUUACCGUCACGCAUGACGAGCCGCUUGAGGGCGUGUUCUUCAACAUGCUUGGUGAUUCCAGCGCCUGCUCUAACAUCGCCCAGGUGAAUGUAACCUGGUGCCCGGGGCGGAACUUGGAUUGUUACCCGCAGGACUGCAUCUUCGGAGCAUGGACAGAUUGGUCUCAAUCGACGCACUUCAUGUGCGAGCGUCAUCGCAACGUGGCCAGAAGGAACAAUGAGUGUGGAGCGGGCUGCACUGGUCCUUUGGAGGAGACCAAGGUUUGCGAGACCCAGGAAUUGCCACGAGAUUGCCUGCUUGGAGACUGGCAGGAGUGGAGCUUCUGUGACACAGCCGACCCCAGCGGCCAGAAGUACCGUUUCCGGAAGAUUCUUCACGAGCAGAGGUGGGGAGGCCAGCCAUGCCUGGGAAGCCUGCACCAGACGAGGCCAUGCUCUGCCAAGCAGGAUCCCACCGACUGCAAGCUCAGCUCCUGGACGGAGUGGGGUUCCUGCAGCGAAUCCUGUGGUCGAGGCUGGCACUCGCGCGAGCGCAGCGUUAUCGAGGUCCCCAUGGCGGGGGGCACCCGCUGUGCCGAUGACCUGGUCGAGAUCCAGCCUUGUUCCAGGUUCUGCGAUCACGCCUUGCCCGUCAACUGCGAGCUGACAGACUGGUCAGCUUGGGGCCACUGCGACGAGGAGGGGCAGCGCUACCGGCAGCGGCAUGUUCUGACCACCGCUGAGAAUGGAGGUGAUGGCUGCAGCGGAAACCUGCUCGAGGCCGAGUCCUGCGAUUUGGCCAAGGUCGACUGCGUUGUCUCUGAGUGGGUCGAAUGGAGUGACUGUGACCGCAGCUGUGGCACUGGUCAGCUGAAGCGCCAGAGACAGAUCAUUCACUUUCCCCGCAACGGUGGCGAGCUUUGCCCCAGCGAGCUGAUUCAGACAACAGGCUGCAACUUAGGCUAUUGUCCCACAACGAACUGUGAGGAGUCCCAAUGGUCUGAGUGGGGCGACUGCUCUGUUUCCUGUGGUGUUGGGGAAGAGAAGCGCGAGCGGAAAGUCGCAAUGCUCCGAUCAUCCGGAGGAACUGGCUGCGAAAACGCCAUGGCCGAAAGCAGGCCUUGCCACAGCAUCCCUUGCAGCGUCCGUGCCUGCGAGCUUUCUGCCUGGAGUGCCUGGGGUGAGUGCAGUGCGACUUGUGGCUCGGGGCAGCGCGGCCGAACCCGGAGCGUGAAACCGCCAGAGAACGGUGGAGACUACUGUGAGUCUGCACCUCUGGCUGAGAUGGAGGGCUGCAAGGAUCGGCCCUGCACCAAACAAGUUUGUGUUGAUGGCAAGUGGGGUGACUGGGAGGAGUGGUCCCCGUGCGAUGUCUCUUGUGGGGGCGGAACCACCUUCCGCAGGCGCCACAUGACCCAGGCAGCCAAUGAGUGCGGGAAGCCUGCAGAGGGCUUAAGCAGAGAGCAGGCCUUCUGCAACGUGGACCACUGUCACGCAGCACAGGACUGCGUCCUCUCAGAGUGGUCUUCCUGGUCUGAGUGUUCAGCGACCUGCAAUGGAAAUCAGAAGCGCGAGCGAUCCAUCAUCCAGCACGGGAGAUCUGGUGGAGUCCUCUGUGACGGUGAUAUCCAUGAGACGCAGCCCUGCAACCCCGGCCUCUUUGAUGUCUUCCCAGAAGGAUGUGGCCAAGAAGAAACCAAGGACUGCGAAAUGAGCGAUUGGACCGAAUGGUCUGAGUGCAGUGCUACAUGUGACGGUGGUGCCAAGGUCAAGAGGAGGGCGAUCGUGCAGCAUCGCGCCAACGGCGGCAGACCCUGCACAGGCUCUGUCACCAAGAUCCAGGGCUGUGCAGAGGACCAGUGCGAGGGCGGAGACCCGGUGCCCUGCGAGUUUGGCGAUUGGAAGGAUUGGGCUGCCUGUGACAAGUGCGACGGGGAGCGGAAACGGAAGCGCAACAUCAAGCAGUACGCCCAAAAUGGCGGAACCAACUGCAAUUCCUUUGCGGGCGAAGAGGUCGACAAAUGCCCUCGAUCCUGCACGCCUGGGUUCUGCACUUGGAGCACGUGGGGAGAUUGGGGCUCCUGCCAUGGAUGCGGACGAAGUGCCCGUCGAGAGCGGACCCGUGAACUCCGCGCUACAGAGAACUUGGCAAUGCGACAGCCUCCCAUGAGCGAGACCAAGGUGGAGAAGCUCACCCUGCACCACAGCCUCACAGCUGCUCGGGAUGAGUACACCGCGUUAGUGGCGGAGGUUGGGGCGUUGCGGACCGCUCGCGCGCACAAGCUCGUGCUAGCAUUCGGGCUCGGUCUGAUGAGCAUACCUGUGGGUUUCGCCUUUCUUCGAUUGCUGCCAGCACUACGUGCCAGAACAACUGGGUACUCAACGUUGCUGCCGAUGGGAGCAGAGUGA